AGAUCCAACGGACCCGGCAUUCGCCCUCCCUCUCUCUCUCUGGAACAGAAAAAAAAAGGGAAAGAAAAAGAUCCAAAAAUCCCUUUUUUCCAAACCCUAGUUUCCGUCCAAGAUUCCGGCCGGAAACCCUAAUCUCUCACCUUCACUCUCUCUCUCUCUCUCUGAAAACCCUAAUUCCUUUUCCCCCCAAAUCCCUGGAAGAAAAAAGCCCCAAAUUUCUUUUUUCUCCUCGAUCGCCGCCCAAAACCCUAAUUCGUUUCUCUAUCUCCUGAACGAAAACGCCCCCAAUUCGUUUCUUCAAUCGCCGGAAGAAAAACCUAAUUUCUUUCCGCUAUUGCAGAGAAACCCUAGAAGUUAAAGCCCAAUUUCUCUUAGUUCCGAAAAUACCCUCACCUUUGGGAAUCCUAGUCUUUCCUUAAAACCCUAUUCCAUCCUCUUUCGGCCCUCCAUAUUUCGAUCUUAGCCGUCCGAUUCGAUUUCUGGAGAAAACCCUAGUGCAUCGCUCCUUUCUUGAGGAAAACCCGGCUCCGGAUUUUCAUCUUGACCGUCGGAUCUUCCGGUUUCUGAUAUUCGAUCAUCACCCCUCCGUCGAUGGAUUCCGACAACGAGUCCGGCGGGCAGAACACCAACGCCGACUAUUCGGCGCGGGAGCAGGACCGGUUCCUGCCCAUCGCUAACGUGAGCCGCAUCAUGAAGAAGGCCCUCCCUGCCAACGCGAAGAUCUCCAAGGACGCCAAGGAGACUGUCCAGGAGUGCGUGUCCGAGUUCAUCAGCUUCAUCACGGGCGAGGCGUCUGACAAGUGCCAGCGCGAGAAGAGGAAGACGAUCAACGGCGACGAUCUGCUCUGGGCCAUGACCACGCUGGGGUUUGAGGAGUACGUCGAACCGCUGAAGAUUUACCUGCAGAAAUUCAGAGAGAUGGAAGGCGAGAAAGCUUCGAUGCCGAGGGAGAAUGUGGUUAUUAUCAAGGAGACCAGUGGCGGCGGCAGUAAAGCUUCUGGAGGCGGCAGGGGCGGGGGUGGGGGUGGGGGUCGUCGUGUUGUUGAGGUUGAUGACGGCGGCGGGCGCAGCACAGGGAGUGGCAAUGGCGUAAAUUCGGAGGACGAAGCGGGUGAUUACAAUGGGGGCCCACCUAUGUAUGGCAGUGUUAUGAUGAUGGGCCAUGGGCAGCAACAGCCAGUGGUGCCGCCGCAGCAGCCGCCGCAGCCUCCUCCGCAAGUGGGCAUGUUUGGGCCGUCUGCUGCGGCUUAUCUGAUGGCAGUGGGAGGUGGUGUUGGCAGCGUCGGGGGUGGGAAGAGCACCAAUUCAGGUGGUGGUGGGGCUACUUCAGGUCAUGGGAGGCAAGGCAGGGGAUGAGAAUUGUGGAAUUGAAAGUGGUAUGUUCUUUUCCUCUUUUCCUUUUUUUUUUUUGGGUUUUCUUUUUUCUCUUUUUGGUGAAUUAGGGUUUUAGGUUUGGUGAUUUUUGGUGGAUGGAGUGGGUGAUUUGGGGAGUCGGGUGGGGUAGAAAGAGAGAGAUAUAUACAUGGAGGAAAUGUGUAACAUAUGUGACUUCUGAAGAUGGAGUAGUUCUGAAUUUACUAAUUGGUGGGUGAAUUGGAAGAUACCUGUGUAUCAUAGGAUUGAUGGGUGGUGGUGAUGAUGAUUAUGGAUGAUGAUGAAUGGUGAAUGAUGGUCCUUUCCUUCUUUUUUUAUUUUUCUUUUUCAUAUGUGUUUGUGUGAGAGCUUUUGAUGGCUGAAAAUAGUUUUCAUAACCUUUUGAUGC